GAGAAUACUGCUCUAAUUAUCGUAUUCCCUCCUUGAAAGGUUCGUUAAUAAAAAUUAAUUUUACAUAAUCAUCCUUGAAACCGCAUCUCCAUUCUUAGCUUUCUUCUUUCUUCUUCCUGUUCCUGCCUGCGUCGUUGUUUCGAAGUCCUUUUGCUAAUUCAACGAGUAAACGAUCUCUUGUUUUUGUUUCUGGUUCAAUUGAAGUUUUAUGAGCAUGAUUUGUUUUUGAAGAGGAAAAGAAGAGGAGAAGGAGAGAGAAGAUUGUUUGGUUUGUAUAAAACGAUGAAGAGGUCGAGAGAUGAUAUUUUCAUCGCCUCUCAAAUUAAAAGGCCUAUGGUGUCUUCUCGUGGAGAAACUUCUGGGCAACCCCAGAUGAUGGGAGGAGGAGCAGCCAGUAGUGCUGGAGGAGGCGGAGGCGGAAGUGGGCAAAAACUUACAACAAAUGAUGCCUUGGCAUAUCUCAAGGCCGUGAAGGACAUAUUUCAAGAUAAAAGGGAAAAAUAUGAUGACUUUCUUGAGGUCAUGAAAGAUUUCAAGGCUCAAAGAAUUGACACUGCUGGUGUCAUAGCAAGGGUGAAAGAGUUAUUUAAAGGGCAUCGUGACCUAAUUUUAGGAUUCAAUACUUUCUUGCCGAAGGGAUAUGAGAUCACCCUGCCUUUAGAGGAUGAACAACAUGAACAACCUCCACAGAAAAAGCCUGUUGAAUUUGAAGAAGCAAUUAAUUUUGUAAACAAAAUUAAGACAAGGUUUUCAGGUGAAAAUAGUGUUUACAAAUCGUUUUUAGACAUUUUGAACAUGUACAAAAAUGAAAAUAAAUCCAUCACUGAGGUCUACCAGGAGGUUGCUUCACUCUUUCAAGACCAUAAUGAUCUCCUGAUGGAGUUUACUCAUUUUCUACCUGAUUCUUCAGCUACGGCCUCUCAUUAUCCUCCAUCUGUUAGGAAUUCUCUCCUUCGUGAUAGGAGCUCUGCCAUUCCGACAUUGCGCCAAAUGCAAGUUGAUAAGAAAGAAAGAACUACUGCUUCUCACGCUGCUGAUCGCGACUUCAGUGUUGACCGUCCUGAUCCAGACCAUGAUAGAUCUCUGGUAAGAAUGGACAAAGAGCAACGGAGACGUGGUGAAAAGGACAAGGAAAGGAGAGAUCGAGAAGAUAGAGAUUAUGAGCAAGAUGGCAGUCGUGAGUUCAACACACAACGGUUUCCCCACAAACGAAAAGUUGCUCGAAGGCUUGAAGAUUCAGCUGCUGAACAUCAAGGUGGGGAUGGGGAUGAAAACUUUGGAAUGCAUCCCAUUUCAUCCACUUAUGAUGAUAAAAAUGCUGUGAAAAAUGCACUUAGCCAAGAGCUUGCUUUUUGCGAGAAAGUGAAGGAAAAGUUGCGUAAUCCUGAUGAUUACCAGGGAUUCCUCAGAUGUCUUCACCUAUAUACCAGGGAAAUAAUCACAAGAACAGAGUUGCAAUCUCUGGUUAGUGAUUUACUUGGAAAAUAUCCAGAUCUUAUGGAUGGCUUCAAUGAAUUUUUGGCACGUUGUGAGAAGAAUGAAGGUCUUCUUGCUGGUGUUGUAAGUAAAAAAUCAUUGUGGAAUGAUGGUAAUUUGCCCAGACCUGUGAAGUUAGAGGAUCGUGAUCGUGAGAGGGAAGAUGGGGUUAAAGAUAGAGAACGCGAAACACGGGAAAGAGAGAAACUAGACAAAAAUGUGGCCUUUGGCAAUAAAGAUACAGGGGGUCAUAAGAUGCCUUUGUUUUCCAGCAAGGACAAGUAUUUGGCAAAGCCCAUUAAUGAACUGGACUUGUCUAACUGUGAGCGUUGCAGUCCCAGCUACCGGCUUCUGCCUAAGAAUCAGUAUCCCAUACCUUCAGCAAGCCAGAGGACAGUGCUUGGUGCUGAAGUACUGAAUGAUCAUUGGGUAUCUGUCACUUCAGGAAGUGAAGAUUACUCUUUUAAACACAUGCGCAAAAACCAAUAUGAAGAAAGCCUAUUUCGAUGUGAAGAUGACAGGUUUGAGCUGGACAUGUUGUUGGAAUCUGUGAAUGUGACGACCAAGCGAGUAGAAGAAUUGUUAGAAAAGAUCAACAACAAUGUGAUCAAAACAGAGAGUCCAAUUCAUAUUGAGGAGCACUUGACAGCUCUGAAUUUGAGGUGUAUUGAACGUUUGUAUGGUGACCAUGGGCUUGAUGUGAUGGAUGUGUUAAGAAAGAACACUUCUCUUGCUUUGCCAGUUAUAUUAACUCGUCUGAAGCAGAAGCAAGAAGAGUGGGCAAGGUGUCGUGCUGAUUUUAACAAAGUUUGGGCUGAAAUUUAUGCUAAAAACUAUCACAAGUCCCUUGAUCAUCGUAGCUUCUAUUUCAAGCAACAGGACACAAAGAGCUUGAGCACUAAAGCCUUAUUGGCAGAGAUCAAAGAAAUCAGUGAGAAGAAACGCAAAGAAGAUGAUGUGCUUCUUGCUUUUGCUGCUGGAAACAGACGACCCAUUAUACCGAAUUUGGAGUUUGAGUACCCAGACCCUGACAUUCAUGAAGAUUUAUAUCAGCUCAUCAAAUACUCUUGCGGUGAGGUUUGUACAACCGAACAGUUGGACAAAGUGAUGAAGAUUUGGACUACCUUCUUGGAACCCAUGCUUGGUGUUCCUUCUCGUCCUCAGGGUGCUGAGGACACUGAAGAUGUGGUAAAGGCAAAAAAUCAUUCUUCUAAAGUUGGAGAUGGUGAAGGCAGCCCUAAUGGUGCUGGUGCUACAGGCAUCAAUAAGCAUUCUAAUCCUUCUAGAAAUGGUGAUGAAAGUAUCCCACCUGAGCAAUCAAGUUCUUGCAGGGCUUGGUUGAAUGGAGAUAAUGGGGUUAAAGAAAACGGUUCUCCAGAUGCUGAUCGGAUAGCUCGUAAGAGUGAUGCAUCAUGCAGUACUGUUCAACAUGAUAAGAUGCAGAUCAAUGCAGCCUCAGCUGAUGAAAUUUCAGUUGUGGGCAAACAAGUUACUUCCAAUGAACGAUUAGUCAAUUCAAACACUUCACUUGUCACUGGAGCAGAGAUAAGCAAUGGAAGAACUAACAUGGAAUCAGGGCUUAGUGCUGCUCCAUCAAGACCAAGUAAUGGUAGCCUUAAUGGUGGGCUUGGAUUAGGUUCAAGCAAUGAAAUUUUACCUUCAGCAGAGGGUGGUGAUUUUUCGAGACCGACAAUAUCCACAAAUGGGGUGGCAGCAGAAGGUGUCAAGAAUCACAGAUAUACUGAUGAAUCUGCUGCACAGUUUAAAAUUGAAAGAGAAGAGGGUGAAUUAUCUCCAAAUGGGGAUUUUGAGGAGGAUAAUUUUGCAGCUUAUGGAGAAGCUGGUUUGGAGGGUGUACAUAAGGGAAAGGAAACUGUUGCAAGUAGGCAAUACCAAACAAGACAUGGAGAGGAAGAAACAUGUGGCGAGGCAGGAGGAGAAAAUGAUGCUGAUGCUGAUGAUGAAGGGGAUGAAAGUGCUCAGAGGACAUCAGAAGACAGUGAGAAUGCCUCAGAGAAUGGUGAUGUUUCCGGAAGUGAGUCUGGAGAUGGUGAAGAGUGCUCGAGGGAAGAGCAUGAGGAAGAUGGAGAACACGAUGAGCAUGAUAACAAAGCUGAAAGUGAAGGUGAAGCUGAGGGAAUGGCUGACGCCCAUGAUGUUGAAGGAGAUGGUACAAUGUUGCCAUUUUCAGAACGUUUUCUUCUGAAUGUGAAGCCUCUAGCAAAGCAUGUACCUCCAGCAUUGCAUGACAAAGAAAAGGGAUCCCGGGUUUUCUAUGGAAAUGAUUCUUUCUAUGUGCUUUUUCGGCUUCACCAAACAUUGUAUGAAAGAAUACAAUCAGCAAAAAUUAAUUCAUCUUCUGCUGAAAGAAAGUGGAAAACUUCAAACGAUACAAGUCCAACUGACCUCUAUGCAAGGUUUAUGAGCGCUCUUUACAAUUUACUUGAUGGUUCUUCUGAUAAUACAAAAUUUGAGGAUGAUUGCCGAGCUAUUAUUGGAACACAAUCAUAUCUUCUAUUCACAUUGGACAAGUUGAUCUAUAAACUUGUUAAACAGCUCCAAACAGCAGCGAGUGAUGAGAUGGACAACAAGCUGCUCCAACUAUAUGCAUAUGAAAAAUCAAGAAAACCUGGAAGAUUUGUUGAUAUAGUUUAUCAUGAAAAUGCCCGUGUUCUUCUCCAUGAUGAGAACAUAUAUCGUAUAGAAUGUUCUUCAGAACCUACCCAUUUGUCUAUUCAGCUUAUGGACUUCGGACAUGAUAAGCCUGAAGUAUCUGCUGUUUCCAUGGACCCCAAUUUUGCAGCUUAUCUGCACAAUGACUUCCUCUCCAUUGUUCCUGACAAGAAAGAGAAGCCUGGGAUAUUCCUGAAGAGGAAUAAAAACAAAUGUUGGAGUCAUGAUGAAUGCCAGGCCAUGGAAGGAUUUCAAGUUUUUAAUGGUUUGGAGUGCAAGAUUGCUUGCACUUCCUCCAAAGUAUCCUACGUUUUAGAUACAGAAGAUUUUUUGUUCAAAACGAAAAGGAGAAGGAAAACCUUGCAACAGAGCAGCUCUUGCCACGACCAAACAUACACUUCAAAAAGAUUACAACAGUUCCACAGAUGGCUCUCCAGCUCAUAGGAUGCUUUCGUACGACCUGAAAGCGGAUAUGAUUAUUUGUUCUACAGUUGCCAUUCAGAGUACAGUAAAUGACAAGGCGCUAGAACUGGAAUAGACGGCGCCAUGACUGAUAUUAUCUUUCAUCUAUUUCACAUGGUUAUAUCUCACCAAGCAAUAACAGGAAAGCAGCAGCAGCAGCAGCAGCAGCAGCUGUGGCUCGCGAGAUUGUAGUAUAGUGUAGCUUUAUGGCCUUUUGGAGCCACAAUCAUGUAAAUAGAGAUGACAUGUGAUGUAAUACCUAAGAUUAUAUAUGUUCAUUCCAUUCAUCAAUAUUUUUAUAAUCUUUUUCAUUGUGCCUAACCUAUUUCUUGAGAAUA